CAGCUCCAUUCCACUCAUUAUUUCGUUCGAGCUUGAGGCUCAAUGGAUGGAGAUUCCUUUAAUCCGUUCGCUGAUCCAUCCAUCUUGGCACAGCCUAAUCAAUUUGAUGAUUUUCAACCCCAGCCACUACCAGUUUCCAUUGGGUCUAUAACUUCUGCAUCAUGUCAAACAAAGCCAGGCUGUGCAAAAAACCCAGCCAUUCUAAACGAUGAUCUUGUAGAGCAAUCUAUAUCCCCCGAUUUAUCCGUCAAAUUUUCCGGUAAAGCCAUAUCACAAGAUUUACCUUUUCAAUCAAGUUACGUGAGUAAAUCGCAGCUGAAUCGCCGAUCCGCUUUGGAUCGGGGCUACUACGAUGAUUUCGAAACAAUUGAUUGGGUGAAGGACGUAAUCCGGGAUAGAUGUCGGCAUAGAGAACUCCACAUCAAUCGGAAUUCAUUCUUGGGUUGUCUGCUAUACUACUGGGAUUCCGGAUCAGGAUGGUUCUGUGUACUAUCUGUUGGCCUCAUCACUGGUAUCAUUGCUUGUGUGAUCGACAUAGGAACUACUUGGAUGUCCGACUUAAAGGAAGGCGUUUGCGUGGAUGCUUUUUGGUUCAACCGCGAUCAAUGUUGCUGGUCGUCUAAUCAAACGGAUGGAGUGUGCAACCAGUGGUACACGUGGUCUCGGUUGUUUAUGGGCAAGAAUCCGUCGAGCCAAUUCCCGGAGGCAUAUUUUGUGGGUUACUUACUGUACAUCUUUUUCGCCGUCUUAUUCGCUGGCGUUUGCGUCCUUCUAGUGCGCGUGUUCGCUCCCUACGCUUGCGGAAGUGGCAUCGCGGAAAUCAAAACUAUCUUGGGCGGCUUUGUCAUCCGAGGUUUCCUUGGCAAGUGGACGUUGCUUAUCAAAUCGGUUGGCAUGGUUCUCGGAGUGGCCUCUGGACUUAGUUUGGGCAAAGAAGGUCCUAUGGUUCACAUGGCUGCAUGCGUUGGUAACAUAGUGGCCUAUUGUUUUCCCAAAUAUGGAAGAAACGAGGCUAAGAAGCGCGAAAUAUUAUCUGCUUCAGCUGCUGCUGCUGUCGCCGUGGCUUUUGGGGCCCCCAUCGGUGGCGUGCUGUUUUCGUUGGAGGAAGCAAGUUAUUAUUUCCCCAUGAAAACGAUGUUCCGGUCCUUUUUCUGCGCAAUGGUCUCUGCGAACGUGCUGCGCAUGCUAAACCCAUAUGGGAGCGACACCAUGAUUAUGUUCUCUGUGGACUACAAAGCGCAAUGGCAUGUGAUGGAACUAUUCCCUUUCGCUCUCCUCGGCUUGCUUGGCGGCGUUUUUGGUACCAUAUUCAACCGGGCAAAUUUGUACGUUUGCGGUUUACGCAAGUCUACUUGGCUCGGUCACUAUCCCGUUCGUGAAGUGAUCAUUGUUGCCGCUGUGACAGCUCUUAUUUCGUUCCCCCACUCGUACCUACGCAUGGACACCAGUGCUCUGAUUCAACUUCUAGUCAGUCCGUGCAGUCCUUAUGAUGAUAUGUCUAUUUGUGAUUAUCGGGUUAACUCCAGUGAUCCAACAAGUAAUAUCUUGGGGAUUCAUCCAGCGGGCCCGGACAUGUCCACUGCGAUGGCACUGCUGUCUACAGGAUUGUUCCUCAAACUUGUUUUAACCGUUUUCACUAUCGGCAUCAAGGUUCCAACUGGACUGUUUAUCCCAUCCCUAGCGAUCGGGGCCAUCAUGGGGCGAAUGUUGGGCGUUGCGGUGGAACAACUGGUCGUUGCCAACGCUAGCCAUCCUUUCGUGGCCAAAAUGUGCAAGUCCUCGCAGCCUUGCAUCAGUCCCGGUCUGUAUGCUAUGGUCGGCGCAGCUGCCGCUCUUGGUGGCGUCACACGUAUGACGAUUUCACUCGUUGUGAUGAUGCUGGAGUUGACUGGGGGGUUGAAUUACAUUAUCCCUCUUAUGGUAGCAACCAUGAUAAGCAAGUGGAUAGGAGAUAGGCUCACAAACGGCAGCAUUUACGAAGAGCACAUUCGUUUGAAUGGUUAUCCGUUUCUCGGUGGACAGGAUGAACUGGAACACAUGUGGAUUGCAGCGGAUAUUAUGCAACCAAGCGACCCGCACGCUCCUCUUUUCGCGCUUAUACGGGACGGAAUGACCAUGGGUGAUCUGGAAACCUUGUUGGCCAAUUCAACUGUCAAGGGAUUUCCGGUUGUCGUUUCUCAGCAUUCCCCCCACCUGGUUGGUUGGGUGACGCGGAGAGACUUACGCUGGGCCAUAGAUCGUCAGUGUCAGUUGGAUUCUGCACUCAGCAAAGACUCGCCUGUCUGUUUUACUCCCUGCACAUCGAGCGGCCACAUUGGUGACCCUGACUUUACGCCACUAAAUCUGCAUAAUGUUGUUGACCUCUCACCCACAACAGUUACUGAUCAAACUCCAUUGGAGACCGUGUUGGACUUCUUCCGAAAACUUGGCCUGCGCCAAAUACUGGUCACUUACAACGGCUGUCUUUUGGGGAUCAUAACAAAAAAGGAUCUUAUUCGACAUCUCUUGCGCUAUUCGCAGAAAGUGUGAGCCCUGCAUCUUGUCUAUUUAUUUGUGAAAUCCUACCGAUCUUUUGAGUUUUGGUCGGGCUGUUUACCUCAUAUUGACCUCAUCCUUUUUAACGUCAUGCUUGUUUUUUCCUUUUCUUUACUUCUCUCUCCUGAUGACACUGCAUCUUCAUUGAAACUCGGCGUCAAACCGAGUCACAAUAAAGCGCGUCUUUCCAAAUGUUGUGUUCUUUACGACCUAACUUGUAUCCUGUCUAUUUUUUUAUGGUAAAUCCGUCUACCCUAUAGGCAUUAUCAUCUACCGCACUUACUGCCCCGGUUUCUCUGUACUUUUGUUUCCACCCACGAUUUACUACCCAUUUGGCUGUUUUUUACUUCCCUCUGUGGAUCCCAUCCAAUGCAUACUAAACCUCGUAUGAGCGUGACUACUUGCCAGCAUUCACUUAUUGGAAUGUCUUCAACAAUCACUGGUGUGUUUAAGCCUUACGGAGUAAUUAUCUCACAUUUUGGUUGUCACCAGCCAUGGCUUUUCUAUUUAGACUUCUUCGAUCUCAGCGUCUUUUUCGGUUAAGUCAGCGAGAUGCUCUUGCUCCUCCUAAGCACUUUCUGUAGCUCACCUUGCCUCUAGUGUUGACCUCUUCUCUCAUCAAGAUAAGUUAAUAUAACCUUUGUGUACCCAUUUCACUUUAGAUUGGACGUUUUCCAAAUAACAUUGUACAUUUCAGUUCGUGCGGUCCUGCAAGGUUAACAUUACCAACUCUCUCUUGUAUGGUCGCGUCUGGUCAGAGGUCCCACUGUCGCUUUCACCUUCG